AUGUAUAACCUAGAUUUAACGCUGAUCAACUUAAACUGGGGUUCCUUCGAAUAUCUCACAAUGGAGCAACAUUGGAAAUAUACUCUCACAGCGUUUAUUGCCGCACUUGGAGGUUCUAUUGGAAUGUGGCUCGGAUUGAGUAUACUCUCUUUAAUUCAGGGAGGAACGUAUCUAUACACAUAUCUCACGAAACGAGUUGUGAAAGAGAAACUCUUGAAAAAAAUCUCAGACGCAAAACGGAGGGAGAGUAAGGCAAGUUGUUUUUAUAAGCGCAUUUUCAUCGACUGA